GUCUUCCCUGUGAGUGGUAAUACUCUCGUGCCAUCCCCUGUGGUAAUAAUACUCUGGUGCUUCGCCUGUGGCAAUACUCAUUCUUCAGCAAGACAGGCAGCAGUCAUGCGGUCCCAACUUGCGUGUCUGAUGGUGGUGUUGGCGUGUCAGACGACAGGCCAGGAGGUGCUGCCUUCCCUGAAAGAGGUGCCCAACACUGCUUUCUCCUGCCUGGAGCGCCCCUACGGUUACUACGCCGACAUGGAAGCCAACUGCCAGGCCUUCCACAUCUGCCUCAACGAUCUCAAGUGGUCGUUCCUCUGCCCCAACCAAACUCUCUUCAACCAGGAAUACUUCGUGUGCGACUACGCCAUCAACGUGGACUGCUCGCUGGCAGCUUCUUUCUAUUCUCUCAACGACAACUUUGGCAAAGUGGAAGACACAACAGAGGUUCUAGCAGAAUGAUUGGUCCUUCAACCCACUGUAUUCAACCCACCGACACUCAUCCAGACGAGACAAGUGGACAACACAACGGAGGCGCUGGUAGAAUGAUUGAUCCUUCAACCCACUGUACUCAACCCACCGGCACUCAUCUGGAUGAGACAGUCUAUCCAAACGACAUACAACUGAAGAAACUCAGUGACGACAAAGAGAGCACUCUACUUUUUAAGCCGCCACUGACAGCUUUACUGACUACUGAGGGAAGCCUCAGUGUGAUGCCAAAAUAUAAUGUACCUUUAUCUCGUUUUAUUGUAUCUAUGUGAGAAUGUUUGUAGCAAGACAACCUAAGGUAGAUUUAUUACUGGUUAACUUACUUGGUACCAAAGCUUUACUGACAUAUGUCAUAAUGUUAAGAGCAAAACUCAGCAGGGGUAGGUGAUGAGGGCAGUCUCUGGUGCGGGUUAUAUUUUUCAGGGAAAUAAAGCUGGGUUUGCUAGUUUUCUUUAUUAGUAAGUGCAUGUUGUCAAGUAUAACCUGGUACAGGCACCAGGCAUUCAAACAUAAUAACGUUAAUUAAAUGAAUGAUAUAAAUGUUCGUGCAGCCUACCUGUCAGGGUUAAGACACCAUGAACUUACAUGUUUAUUGUUCAGUAUGUUUAAGUUAUUCAUUAUUUAGUUAUUUCCAUCACUUAGUGUUAUGGUGUUCUACAAGACAGCUCUUAAGACAGUAGUCCCUUGGCCUUAAUCAGUGGCCUUGUUAAUUAUAAAGGAUAUGUUAUAAACCGGAGGUUACAAUACGUGAUACAGCACACUCUCAUAAUUUAUUCGUGCGGAUUAAGUUCCUGAAAUAUCCACUACUUAAGAAAUCGCAAGUUACGGUGUUAAUAACUUACGGAAAAACUGGGGCUGUGUUCAUGUCAUCCUCAAAAACCAAAACUCUUAUUUUAAUUUCUUAUUUUAUCAAAAAUUAAAAUUUUCGAUGUCUUACAAUUUAAAUGACAUUACUUGUUGAUCUAGAAGUGUGUGAAGGGAGUUAUGAACACAGGAAGUACUGUGUGAAGGGAGUUAUGAACACAGGAAGUACUGUGUGAAGGGAGUUAUGAACACAGGAAGUACUGUGUGAAGGGAGUUAUGAACACAGGAAGUACUGUGUGAAGGGAGUUAUGAACACAAAGGAAGUACUGUGUGAAGAUUUAACUUAGGAUAAUCCAAUAAAGUCUAAGACUGCGACUGUACGUGUAGCUAUAAAAGCUGCAUAAAUCUAUUUUACUUUUUGUAUCUUCAAUUCUGGUUGGUGAUGGAUGUUGACCUUGAGUUGAGUGGAGAGGGUUGUUAUGGCUCUACUGGGCCGAGCUGAAUGGCUGUGGAUGUUGGUCUGAACUAGUUAUCAUCCAUUUAUGUGAGGAGUUUCUGCACCAUCCUGCAUGUGUAGCCGCACAUAGAUGUCUUAAUCACUCCUCGAUCCAGUGGUUGCAUCAAAGAUGUCAUAUUUGGUGUUCAGUGGUCAGUCGUCACGUGAGGUCACAGACCCUGAGCUGCUUUGGGGAUUAGCGUGGACGGUUACAAAGCAUGGCUUGCUUCUGCAGUGUUUUAAAAACUGAGGUUGGAGAGUUGAAGGAG